AUGCCCCGCGUCUCGAAUAAGGUGCACCGCCGGUCAAACGGCAAUUCGACCCCCCAUAAGAACUCCCCAGUCAAAAUCCCCCUCAACGAUGAUGAAGGAGAAAAGGCAGCGCGCAUGGAGGCCCGCCAAGCGCUCCAUGAUCGUCAAAUGAGCCAGAUCAAAGCUGCCGUCAAAACACCUAUGCCCCCCCCGCCGAUUCACUACAUACGACCUCCCGCGACUCCUCGAGGCUCGGGCCACCGUGGCCGUGUCAGCGAUGUGAAUGGCCGCGCGGUGACACCAAUGAAGCGCGUGCCCAUUCUGGCAAAUUUCGAAGAGUGGAUGAAGAUGGCUACUGAUAACAAGAUCAAUGCGAACAACUCCUGGAACUUUGCGCUCAUUGAUUACUUCCACGAUAUGUCUCUGCUGAAGGAAGGCGACGGUGUGAAUUUCCAGAAGGCUAGUUGUACCCUUGACGGUUGCGUGAAGAUCUACACAAGUCGUGUGGACAGUGUCGCAACAGAGACUGGCAAACUUUUGAGUGGUCUGGCCGAUAGCCGCGACAAAAGAGGGCGUGGCGAAGAGGAUGUAGAAGACGGGGAAGAAGAUGAAGAAGGCGAAGAUGGUCAGCCUCGCAAGUCGCGCAAGAAGACUCGUUCCCACGAAUCCACCCUCGCCCCAUCAUUUGCGUCACUCCAACUCAAGAAGUUCGAGCUCGAAUUUGCUGUCGACCCGCUGUUCAAGAAGGCAUCGGCAGACUUCGACGAGGGAGGUGCUAAGGGAUUGCUCCUGAAUCAUCUCGCCAUAGAUGGCCAUGGAAGAAUUGUGUUUGAUAGCAGCGACGAUGCUGUGGAUGAUAGUGCCAAGACAGCCGAGGAUGACCGUCAAGAUUCCGCAGAGCCCGACCAGGAAACCGAAGACAAAUCGAAACCAGCCCAGCAGCCCGCAAGUGACACUUUUGAAGAUAACAAGGAAAUUGACAUCGGUUCUCUUGCAAGCCAGUUCUUCCCGGAUCUGGAUCGUCUAGGCGAACAAGACAUCUGCCCCUCCCUGAAGAACCUCGACCUGGGUGAUCCCAGUGGAUCGUUGGAUAUUCCGCUCCUCAAAGCGCCCGAGGACUGGCGACAAGACAAGAUGGAUGAAGAAGGACGAGCACCCGAUGAUCCAUCUGGAAUCAUGCUGGAUGACGACAAUGCAGUCGGGUUUGACGAUGAUGACGGCACCUUGGCCGGCUUCGACCUCAGUGGUGACACUGGAUUUGGUGACGGAGGUGAGGCAUGGGCCCGAGAAGCAGCCCUAGAGCCGAUGUUGAAUGUUCAUCGUGUUGCCCACGCUGGAGACAACGAAGGAGAAGGCGAAGAGGACGAUGAAGAUCCAUAUGCCAUCUCGAUGUCUCAUCAGCCUAACAAUCAGGAUCAUGAGAACAUCCUCAGCUAUUUCGAUAAUGCGCUACAGAAGAAUUGGGCAGGCCCGGAGCACUGGAAGAUUCGGCGAAUCAAAGACCACGCAACAGCCGCUACUGCAGCCCCUAAACCGCGCAAAGAGAAGGAGCCCUUCGAAAUUGAUUUUGCGGCACCUCUUGAUCCAGCUGUGGCAGAGUUGAUCUACACCCCUGCUAGCUCAAACUCGGCCGUUUCAUUGCCGAAGACACAAUGGAAGACAAAGGGGCGCAAUCUCCUCCCCGACGACAAGCACUUUAACUCUCGCAACCUCCUCACUCUUUUCCUUAAACCCAAAGCCAAGCUAGGCUCAAAGAAAGUACUAGGCAAGCGCCGACGCCCGGAUCUAACAUCCGGCAACGGUGACAUGGAUGAGGCAUUCUGGGCUAAUCACAAGCCGGAAGAGAAUGCUGGCGAGGAAGGCGCCGCUGGUGCGUACGAUGCUAACUUCUUCGCCGAUGACGACGGUCUUGCUUUCCCCAAUGGCAUUGAUCUCGACGACGAUGACGACAAUCUGCCAUUUGCGGAUGCUCGGGAGAUGCUGUCCCCAGCGCCAGACGGCGGUGCAGGCGCAUCCUCCGGCGAACCAGGUGGCCAAACUGGCCUAAGUGCGCUCUUGAACAUGGUCGGCGCCACACCCAGCAAGGGUGGUUACGGCUCACAGCUGGUCACUCAAGGUGGUCGUCGGGCAAGACCCGACUAUGUGGCAUACGCGCGUGUCGCGAAGAAGGUAGACGUUCGACGUCUCAAGACCGAAAUGUGGAAGGGUAUGGGCGAGCGCUUGGUUGACGCCGUUGACUUCGCUUCAGCUUCACAGCCUGGUGCUGUAUCUAGCGAAGCACCGUCAGAACCAGAGCCUGAAAGUGAGGCAGAUGCCCCUGCCCCCCUCACACCGAAGGCCAACAGUCCACAACAACCUGUCGACACCAAGGAUCCUGGUCGACUAAGAUUCACGCACAUCAUGAACUCACUCAAGGCUGUAUAUCCAGCCGAGACAUUGCGAGAUAUCAGUACCUCGUUCGGUUUCAUUUGUCUACUUCAUCUCGCCAACGAGCAGGGUCUUGUCCUUGAGAGUGAUCUCAGCAAGGUCGGCGCUGAUGCGGCUACCCUGGAAGAGAUCUUUGUUUCCAGGGAUGUCCACGCUAUCCUUGAAGAUGGUGGGAUGUAA